UAGAUGAGCACCAAUAAAAAAUUUUCAACUUGGAUUCUUUGAUCAUAAAAUAUUUAAAUAAUGAUUUUGGAUCAAAAUAUGGAGAAUUCGACACAAAUUAAUGGAUUAACGCCGACAAAAAAGAAGGAUAAUGGCGAUACGAAAGAGAACUUAUGGUCAGAGAUUCUUGGUGAAGUUCAGAAGCAAGGAACAGCAAAGUUACCAUCAAAUAAAAGUGUGCUGGUUAUUGGAGAUAAUUCAUCGGGUAAAACUUCAUUGAUUGCGAAACUUCAAGGUGUUGAAGAUCCAAAAAAGGGCUCAGGACUAGAAUAUGCUUAUAUUGACGUCAGAGACGAAUAUAGGGAUGAUUUAACGAGAUUAGGAGUUUGGAUUCUUGAUGGCGAUCCUGGUCAUUUAAAUCUCUUAAAAUUCGCACUUAACGAGAAAAAUUAUGCUCACACACUCAUUAUCUUAGCUAUUUCAAUGACGACUCCAUGGAGUUGGCAAGAACAAUUGGAGCAUUGGAUGAAAGUUCUCGGUGAUCAUUUAGAAUCAUUAAAAUUAUCACCCGAAGAAAGGCAGGAACAAAAACAACGGCUCGUGACAUUAUGGCAAACAUAUUGUGAGACAGGACAUGAUGAUCUUGAUCAAUCUGGGUCACCAAUGAAACGAUCAAAUAGAUUGUCAUCCGUAGACGAUGAUUUAGAUCUUAUGCCUCUAUCUGAUGGCUGUCUAACAGCUAAUUAUGGAUUAGAUCUUGUAGUGGUUAUCACAAAAACAGAUUAUAUGGUUUCGCUUGAGAAAGAAUUUGAUUAUAGGGAGGAACAUUUUGACUUUAUGCAACAAUGGAUUCGAAGAUUUUGUCUGCAAUUUGGCGCAUCACUUUUUUAUACUAGCGUCAAAGAAGAUAAGAACUGUGAUUUAUUGUAUAAAUAUUUAACACAUCGAAUCUAUGAUUUGCCAUUCAGAACGCCGGCAUUAGUUGUUGAAAAGGAUGCAGUAUUAAUACCUGCUGGUUGGGACAAUCAAAAGAAGAUUAGCAUAUUGUAUGAGAACAUGCACUCGUGUAAGCCUGAUGACUGGUAUAAUGACAUUAUCGCACAGCCACCUUCUAGAAAAACAGUGUCAAAUAGAGAGAACGAAGUGCAGACUGAAGAUGAGCAAUCAUUUUUGGCACGUCAACUUCAAAUGCUUCAACAAAAUCAACAAGGUCAAGGACAACAACAGACGAGAUCUGUAUCUCCAAUGAGAACGCCUCAAUCAGCUGGAAAAACUUCUCCUAGAACUCCGAGCAGCGGUGGAUCGCCUAAUAAAAAGAUCGAUCCAAAGAUAACUGCAACAGGUACGCCAUCCGGUGAAGGUGUCCUCGCCAAUUUCUUUAACUCUCUCCUUCAUAAAAAGUCUGGAACGACUCCCGGAGGUCCAAAUAGUCUAACUAGUACACCUAUUUUAAAUCGUUCGAACGGAACGGAUGGAAUAACUCCAGAUAGAAUGUCAAUGAGAACAGACGCUGCUGCUGAACUUGAUAGAUUAUCGAAAAGUGUAAAAAAAGAUCUUGAUUUCGCACCUCCAUCAGAAUGUUGAGUAUAAAGAAGCAAUUGAAUAAUAUUUGUCGGUAAUUAAGAAUGAAAGGAAAUGCCUUCAGCAUUAUAAAAAAAAGUUUGAUUUGAAAAAAGUUUUAAGUUUCUUCAAACUUCCCACUAAAAUUAAUUGAUAGCAGAAAAAAUAAUAUUUAUAUCAGAUAAUCGCGUUCUUCUCGUUUUCUCCCUUCAUUAAAUGCUUCGUCUUAUUAUUUUAAAGGCAUAUAUAAAUCGAAGUUUAUCUAGUUUAUGACAUGUGAUAUCAUCAUGCAAUGAUAAAUCAAAAUUUGUAAUGAAUGAUAGUCAGUUUGGAGAGGGGAAAAGAAGGUAAAUAGAUAGAUUAAGCACAAUACAAAAGUGAGAGAAACGAUUUUUAAAGGGAAAGUGACAUUUUCUUCUGCUAUAACUGUUCUUUAUUAUUGUCAAGCGCGAUUUAAAUACUCUUUUUGGAUAUUCGUGACUGCAAGACAUCCAUACAUGAAAUACAAUAUGCAAUUAAUUAUUGAGAAUUUAAACACAUCCAGAAAUAAUUCAGAUUUUUUUUUAUGUGGCCAUAAAAGAGUUAUGCUUCUUUAUCAAAUAAUUCUAUCCUUAUUAUUUUUG